AUGGCCAACAGUACAAUCAUUCCGGCCAUGUCGCCGCCGGCCGGUCAGACGUCCAAUUUUGUCGACCCAGCUUACAUCGGCACCAAGUUUCUGGUGGUAAACUGUGUCUUUUUACCACUGGCUGCAAUUGCCUUGGGAGUCCGAACAUGGACACGAUUGUUUGUAGUGCGGAGCUUCCGGUGGGAUGACUAUUUAAUGAUUAUAGCUCUCCUAUUGUCCUGUGUUCUCACUGGAGUGACAUUGAACAUGCUCAACUGGGGCCUGGGAAAGCAUAUGUGGGAUGUUCCUUUGGUUUUCAUAACACCAUGGUCCAAGCGAAAUGUCAUCGCCGCAAUCUUCUAUUGCGCAGCCACCGGGUUUACUAAGGUUUCGGUCCUGAUUUUCUACCUUCGCAUCUUCCCCAGUCGAAACUUCCAUUUUGCCGUCUGGACAAUCGUGUUCAUUGCUGCUGGCUAUAGUCUGGCCAGCAUUCUUGCCAACAUUCUGAGUUGCCACCCCGUCGCCAAAGCCUGGGAUUCGAGCAUUACAACCGGGUCUUGCAUGAACAGGCCUGUCUUCUAUUUUGCCAACGCAGGGCUGGGCAUCUUUACAGAUUUUGCUACUGUUGCUGUCCCAAUACCUUGGCUGCGCCGAUUGCAGAUGCCUAUGCGACAGAAGAUUGCCGUGGGUGGGAUUCUGGCCAUGGGAUGCUUUGUCGGAAUCGUCAGCUGUAUCCGUCUUGCAUCUCUGUAUGAGCUACUCACAAGCUCUGAUCUGACUUGGACUACUACCAAUGCUCUCAUGUGGUGCACGAUUGAACUAAACCUUGGCAUCUUUGGCGGCUGUGUUACGGCCAUCCGACCUUUUAUCCGAAAAUACUUUCCUCGCCUCCUGGGUCUAUCGUCUGGGGGUGGAUACGAUUCAUCCCGAUCUCACAAGCACGGACAUCCUCUCGGGUCGAUCCCUAACAGCCAACGGGUCGAUUUUUCGAAUCAAGAUAAUCAAUACACGACAACACUCACUACGCUUAGGGGUACCCCUGGUAACGACAGCGAAGAACACAUAUUAUCGCCGCACCCCAGUGGUCAUACGAAGGAUGCUGAUGCACCUCAUGGCAUCAUUCAUACCGUAGAAUUCGACGUGGAAAACACAACGAGCACUGCCGUACGAUGA